AAGCCGCCGCAGCUGCUCGACUCCUGGGGGCAGGGUGGCCCGGCGGGAGCCGCCCGAGAGCGCGCCCCUCGAGGCACAGGCGGCCGCCUCCGCCCCGCGCCCGAGGAGGCGUGGCCUCCGUGCGCUCUGGCCGCUGGGUGCGCCGAGCGUCCCGCAGGGCGCCAUGGCCUCGCCGGCGUCGGCGUCGGCCACGGCGGCGUCGCGGGCGAGAGGGGGGCCUGGAUAGCGUCAUGGCACUUUCUCGGAGUAUGUUCGGCGCAUCCACGGUCGCCGACAAAUACAUCAUUCCCACCGCCUUCGAGCAGAUGAAUGCGGAGUUUGAGGAGGACAUCGCGCGGAAGAGAGGCCACAUAGCGAGUACCGCCAAGUUCAACAUUUUCAUAGUCUUGGUGAUUCUUGUCGACGCCACGAUGAUAUUCAUCGAGGUCGACUUUAUGUCAGGGGAUUCUCGCAAGGACAGGAUCUACUUCUUCGUUCUGGACAUCAUCUUCGCCCUGUGCUUCAUAGUAGAGAUGCUCCUGCGGCAGAACCAGCUCGGCUGGGAGUACUUCGUCGACCCGUGGAACGUGUUCGACUACUCCGUGGUCGUGCUGAAUUGCGCCGACAUCAUCGUGGAGGCAAGUGCCGCCAUGAGGGCGCGAAGUCAUUCGCGGGUCGCGACUCGCGGUUCCUCAUCCUUGCCCCCCCGCCCCCACUCGUUUUUCUCCUCUUCCCGGGGGGGGUGGGGCGCGAGGGCGCGAAGUUUUUCGCACGUCGCGCUAGUUUCCCUCAUGAAGGCCUCGGAGAACUCCGAGGGGGGCCUGCAACUCGCGGGCACGUUCCGCGUCCUGCGCCUCCUGCGCGUGGCGCGCACGAUCAAGGGCCUCAAGGCGUUCUACGGCCUGUGGUUCGUCGUGCAGGGCCUCCUGGAGUCGCUGAGGACGCUGGCGUGGGUCGCCCUGUUGCUUUUCCUCCUCGUCUACUGCAUUGCUGUCUCCCUGGUCACGGCCAUCCCCAACGAGGAAGCAACAAGGGAGAGAUGGCCCGAAUUUGAUAUCUAUUUCGGUAGUGUAUGGAAAGCCGUGUGGAGUGUCAUGCAGAUUAUUACGCUGGAUAAUUGGUGCAAAGACAUUCUCCGCCCGGUGAUGGAUGUAUCUGCACCUGCUGCCAUUAUUGUCUUCCUGACGGUUGUCAUAGGCACUUUCGGCGUGCUGAAUAUUGUCAUUGCUGUGAUGGUGGAACGCAUUCGAACCAUCGCGCAAGAGAACAAGGAUUUGGCUAACAGGGUCUUAGAGCACACGGAACAGGACCUGUUCAUGUCAAUGGCUUCCGAUUUCACGGAGGCCGAACUCAACGAGGAUGGCGAGCUUGGCAUCCAUGAGUUCUCGGAGAUGUUGAAGACGCCUUCAAUGACGCUGAAGCUGCGGCUGCUUGGGAUCAUGUCGGACGAGGCAGAGGCUCUCUUUGAGAUCAUGGACGCCGACCUGAACGGGAGCGUCUCGCCCGAGGAGUUUGUCACGGGCCUCCAGAAGCUGAAGGGGGUCGCGAAGGGCCAGGACCUGGUCCAGCUGAUAUGCUUCGCCCAGAAGCAGUGCCAGAAGGCCACCCAGUUCGUGGAGAACGUGAAGGCGCUGAGCAAGCAGGCGGACGUGAUCCAGGAGCGGCUCAACGGCAUGGGGCACGGGAUCGCCCGCGAGCUGAAGUACCAGAAGGAGUGCUCCAUCCGCCACGACGAGGUGCUGAAGCACGCGACGGAGCGAGUGCAGGUGAUCGGCAAGCUCGACAAGUCUCGCCAGAUGCAGUUCCCCACGAUCAGCUAGCCGCCGCCAGCACCGAGAGGGAGCGAGAGAGAGCAGGCGGCGACCGAUGUCGGGGCAACGCCAACCGACGCUCCCGCCGCUCCUUCCUCCUCCUCCCCUCUCCUCCCUCCGCCCUCCUCCCUGAAAUCGCUGUCGAUCCGAUCCGAUUUGGCGACCCGACGCUAGCUGCUCAUGCCCCUGGCGACCCCCGAACAAGCGCAGGCGCGUGGCUGUCUGAGGGGGCGCCCCGCCAUCCCCCCCGCCGCUCUCCGCCUCCGCCGACGCGUCAGUUUGAUGCGGCAACGCCAUCGCGCGGGCCGACUCGCGCACGGCCCCCCUCGCUGGCCUCAGCCAUCCCCCCCGUGAUCGUUUCAUCGAGGACGCCGGCGGCGCAUCACCGGCCGCCAACCCUCCCCACCCGGGUAACGCUAACGAUCGUAUCGUGGGAGGGGCCUGGACCCCUCCUACGUGCUGUGGCGAACGCAGGCGGUUGAUGCGCCAGUGGCGCGGACGCACCUUGGGCGGGUGCUCGCCGCGGCCGCCGUUACCGUUACCCUCCCGCCCGACUCCCCCCCAGGUAGCGACGGUUACCCGGGAAAGACCUCCAGCGCAUGAAACCGGCAUUGAGAGGAGGGAAGGGUAUCGCCUCCGCCGCUCGUCC